CAGAUUCUUCAUGAAUCGAAAUCUCGAUUGUCAAAUCUUGUGGGAGUAAAUCAUGAACCUGAAAACUUGAGAAUUUCUUCCGACUAUCCCCAGGUUUUUGCUUUGCUGAUGGGCUUGCAUCACUUGCUCUUAUGCGCCAAGGGAUGAAAGAUAAAUCUAGUGAUGAGGCUUUUGAUUGGAAUGUCACUGGUGCCUCUAUAUGCUAUCUUGGUGUUGAGAGCAUUUGUUACUUCCUCUUGACACUUGGGCUUGAAAUCUUGCCUUCCUACAAGGAGUGGUGGAGUAUUAAAAGUUUCCAACAUGAUGGUUCUUCUUAUUCAGAACCUCUUCUAGGAUCCUCUGUAGAAAAAGUUGCUCUUGACUUUGAUGAAGACACAGAUGUGGCAAUGGAAAGAAACAGAGUACUUUCAGGUUCCAUUGAGAAUGCUAUCAUUUACUUGUGUAAUCUUCGAAAGGUGUAUCCUGGAGGAAAAGUGGCAGUGCAGUCUCUGUCUUUCUCAGUUCAAGAGGGGGAAUGUUUUGGCUUUUUAGGCACAAAUGGAGCAGGAAAGACAACCACUCUGUCAAUGCUUUCUGGAGAGGAAUCUCCAACAGAUGGAUCAGCUUACAUAUUUGGGAAAAAUAUUCGCUCCAAUCCAAAGGCAGCUCGUCAGCACAUUGGUUUUUGCCCACAGUUCGAUGCUUUGCUAGAAUUUUUAACUGUCCAAGAGCAUCUUGAGCUUUAUGCAAAAAUAAAAGGGGUGUCAGAUUAUCGGAUAGAUGAUGGGUGAAGGAGUUUGAUGCUAGAUGGAUUGGUUGGGCUGGUGUAAAUGUGCCUGAUGAGACUGGACAAAUUGCACUAACCAAAGCUUUAGCUGAAAAGAGGUGCAUACCAGUAUUUCUUGAUGAGGAUAUUGUUCAUCAGUAUUACAAUGGUUACUGUAACAACAUAUUGUGGCCACUUUUUCAUUAUCUUGGGCUUCCACAAGAAGACCGCCUUGCAACCACCCGUAGCUUCCAGUCACAAUUCGAUGCAUACAAGAAGGCGAACCAAAUGUUUGCUGAUGUAGUGAAUGAGCAUUAUGAGGAGGGAGAUGUUGUGUGGUGCCAUGAAUAUCACCUAAUAUGGUGAAACAACAGAAGGCAAUUGUGCCUUCAAUUAAUUAAUUUUGUUUACCAUGAGUAACUCAAUUGCUAUUUCUUUUUCCGGUGCAAAUUUUAUAUAUAUAUAUACGUAUAUAUAAAAAUAAAUAU